ACAAAGAGUUAAAAGGUAUUAAAUUGACAGAUACCCAAGUUUAGAGUCCCAUUUUGCAAUAAAACUCGAAGAAAAAUAUGCCCGUUCUUCCAAAAUCCCGAUGAACAAACGUCCCGAGGUAUCAAAUUCAACGCAGAGAGAUAACUAACCCAUCAGUGAAAUCUUAACAUUUCGAUGGAGGAUUCACAAGAUGUUUGCGAUUCCGUUGAAAGGGAUAACAGUACGUGUUCGACAUCCACAAGUUCUGGUUACCGGUUAUUCGAUCGACAGACUACAAUUCACCAGUUGAUGGGCGGCGGAAAGGCGGCUGAUGUUCUCCUGUGGAAGAGGCAACACGUUUCAUGGGGCAUCAUUGUCGUUGCAACUGUUGCGUGGCUAAUAUUUGAGCGAUCUGGAUUAUCGUUCUUAACAAUUUGUUCCAAUGUUCUGUUGUUCUUGAUCGUACUGCGGUUUCUACAUGCCAAUUAUGCUUCUUUCAGGGAUAAACAAAUCCAGACAUUACCUGAACUGGUAUUGUCAGAGGAGAUGGUUAAUUAUGCUGCUGCAUCUUUUCGUAUGAAAGUAAAUUAUUUGUUACUUAUGGCACAUGACAUCACCCUUGGCAAGGACUUCAGGCUCUUUUUCAUGGUAGUGGGGUUUCUGUGGAUCUUAUCUGUUCUUGGGAGUUUAAUAUCUUUCUUCACGCUUGCAUAUAUAGGAACGAUUCUUUCAGUUACCUUACCUGCAUUGUAUAAUAGAUAUGAAGAGCAAGUUGACAGAUGUGCUGGAAGUAUCCACCGAAACUUUUCAAGACAUUACAAGAUAGUGGAUGACAAUGUUAUGAGCAGAUUCCCAAGAAAUGUAGUACCCAAGGAUAAACCAUUGUAAUUCUAUUAACACUUCCAUUUAAAACGUUACAUGUAUAAUAACAUUCAUUCACAAAUCCUUGCUUGUUUUCUUUUUUAGUUUUUAUUCCUAAUCUGUUACAACAACUUACAACCAUUCACCUUCAUGUUUAUUUAUGAAACAAACCAUGUUAUUUGUUGUAGCC